CGCGACCCAGCCUGAAACGAAGGAACCCAACUCGAAAACGAAGGCGCCAAACCAUUCCCCAAACGCGACCCGCGCCCGCGCGACCAGCUCCGCCCCCCGGCCUCCCCCUCCGCCGUCGCCGCGUCCCUCAGCCGCCUCGCGCCCCGCGACGGCGGGGCCCCUCCCGCGCCGACGCCCCGCCGCCCCACGGGCGGCGUCGACGGCCGGUCCCCCCCGCCUCGCAAGGCCUCCUCCGUGCCGCGUCGAAUCGAGGUGCGUGUCGGUUAGAUCAUAGGCCAAAUGCCUCUCUUCAAUAAGAAACCUUUCUCCUUACUGGAGCCCCCGAAGGACUUGGAUUCGAAGGAGAAGGUGUUCCAAAUUCGCUUCACAAAGGAGAUAUUCCGAGAUUAUCAAGAAUAUCUGAAGAGGCUAAACCUCUAUCGCCAAAGAGUUUGGACAUGUAAGAUGUCUGGAAAAUCUAAUUUAACUUUUGAAGAAGCUUUGGUGUCUGAACAUAACUCAAUGGAGAAGGCUCAAAAUUUACCAACUGGGUUGAUGGCUUAUGUUCUUCGGAUGACUCAAUACAGCACUCUUGGCUUACAUGAUCUUAUCAAUAAGAUAUAUGCUUGUUUGCUUGAAGAAGUAUUUGAAGGAAUAGAGUUGCAUGCUAAAAAGGAUGGUUCUGCGGUACCUUGCAAGAUUAUGAAGAUUUUUUAUUCUGAUGGCACAAAGAUGUGUGAAGUGGGUUGGAUUCGUCGGGACAAGACUUUGAUCAACACAUCAGUUGUCAAAGCUGCAGAUCUCUUCUACCGGAGGGCGCCUGUUAGCAGGAACACACUGAAGAUUUUUAUUAGAGAUUCAACAACACAGACUACCCCAUGGGUUAUACAUGAGAAUCUCGCCAAAAAGUAUGGCAUACCUAUGGAUCCCCCUAAAGAUUUAAUGCAUAAGAAAGGAAGAAAAAGAAAAGAGAAUGGAACUAUUGAAGAUGGGAGAAAAAAGAUGAAGAAGGAUGAAGGAGAUGCACAUGUCCCAAUUAAGUAUCCAAUAGAUGAUCUGUUAGUAAGGCCCAAUGCAGAUGAUCCGGCUCUAUCUAAGAGACCUCCUCUUGCUACAGAUUUUAGAGUGCCAAGGGGUUGUGUGGGAGAUCUCCUUAUGGUAUGGGACUUCUGCUCAUCUUUUGGGAGGGUUCUGAAUCUGUCCCCAUUUCCGCUAACAGAUAUGGAGAAUGCAAUUUGCCACAAAGAAAGCAAUGUUCUUCUUGUGGAAAUACAUGCAGCUAUGUUUCACUUGCUCAUUAAGGACAAAGGUGACUAUUUCAGUGUCCUGCAGCACAAGAAACGGAAGUUAAAGGUAAGUUUAGUAACAUGGGCUGAAUAUCUAUGUGAUUUCUUGGAAAUGACAAAAAUUGAAGAACUAUCCAGUAACAUUGCGACAGUAAGAAGGGGUUAUUACGGUCUCAUUGACACUGAUAUGAAGCUUAAGAUCCUCCGGGAACUAGUGGAAGAAGCUAUUAAAACCUCUGCCAUAAGGGAGAUACUAAUUGAGCGGGUGGACCAGAAACAAGCCCUUAAUGCAACAAAAAGAGAGAGUACCAGAAAGGACAAAGAAGAGCAAAACUUGAACACUGAAAUUGCCAUGAAUAAUGAAGAGAACCAGACAGAUGCUGUGCAAGAUGGCAAUGAGAGUGUAGAUGAGCCGGCUAGAGGAAAAGAAGAAAAGGAUAAGAGCAAUGUUUCUCGAAGCAAGACAGAAGGCAAACGACAUCUGGUAUGGCAUCUUGAGACGGAGAUUGAGAAACUAUCCAUCCGUUCUAGCCCUCUUGGUAAAGACAGACACUACAAUAGGUACUGGUUUUUCAGGCGUGAAGGAAGGCUUUUUGUUGAAAGUGCAGAUUCCAGAGAAUGGGGUUACUACAGCACUAAGGAAGAGCUUGAUGCACUCAUGGGUUCGUUGAAUGUGAAAGGUAUAAGGGAGAGAGCUCUGAAACGGCAGCUAGAGAAGUACUAUAAUAAGAUAAGUAACACCCUGGAGAAGCGAACGAAAGAAAUCGUGAACAAGAUGUUACUUGAAGAGGGGGUGCUGCGCCGCUCCACGCGAGUCCGGGCUCAACCGAAGGACAACCCUUCCAUGGCGUUCCUCAAGUACGUCAACAAAUGGAAGGACAACUGAGCUGCUUCAAGCUGACAGUCUAGCUCAAAAUAAGAUGACAGUCUCUCUCGGUCGGUGGGAGAAUUGAGCAACCCAGGUGAUAGGGGUUGGCCGUACCGCCGUAGCAAGUUACUAAGUUAUGUAGGUUUGCAAUUCCCCGUGCCUGGUCAAUCGAGUCCUCACUGGAUCUGCCUUUUCUUUUUAUUUUCUUUUUUUAUUAUAUUUUGGACGUUGGUUCGCAAAAGGAAGCACCUUUUGUUUUUCUCCUUACUGAACUGAGAGCAUGUCUCAGCCAGAUUUUACAUGAUGUGAUGUAAACGUGAUGCUGGCUGGAGCUUGAUGCCUUCAAGCCUGUUUGCCCCCUUGCGGCCCUGGAGAAGUCUGCUGAGGCUUCGAUUUGCGAUGUUGGCGUGUUCAUUUGUUGAGUAAAAAGCAGCUCCCUCCAGUCUCCACGAUGACUGUUCGGAGCUGUAUGUGGCUGCAGCCAUUUGUCUUGUCU